AACAUUUCUUUUUCAACCGGACUGUUACCUGUGCAUCAUCGUAGGCGAGCACUGUUAAUUUAAUUGUACACGUUUUUCGUAAUUUUCUCUUUUUGCGGUAAUUUUUUUUUUUAUCGGUCCACAUAAUGGCGUUAACAUCGCGAUUUUACAAUGAGAAAUACCCGGAGAUUGAAGAUGUUGUCAUGGUUAAUGUGCUGUCCAUUGCCGAAAUGGGGGCCUAUGUCCAUCUGUUGGAGUACAACAACAUCGAGGGCAUGAUUCUGCUGUCAGAAUUGUCGCGUCGCCGCAUCCGUUCAAUCAACAAAUUGAUCCGUGUAGGAAAAACCGAACCGGUGGUUGUCAUCCGUGUGGAUAAGGAAAAGGGUUAUAUUGAUCUGUCCAAGCGUCGUGUCUCGCCCGAGGAUGUGGAAAAGUGCACGGAGCGAUUCGCAAAGGCAAAAGCCAUCAAUUCACUGCUUCGUCAUGUGGCUGACAUUUUAGAAUAUGAUAGCAGUGACAAGUUGGAGGAGCUCUACCAGAAGACGGCAUGGUAUUUUGAAAAGAAAUACAACAGCAAAACGGUGGCCUAUGAUAUCUUCAAGCAAUCGGUAACGGAUCCCUCUGUCUUCGAUGAGUGUAAUUUGGAUGCGGAAACCAAGGAGGUGCUGCUUAGUAACAUAAAACGAAAACUGGUAUCGCCUACUGUGAAAAUACGAGCAGACAUUGAAUGUUCGUGCUAUGGUUAUGAAGGCAUCGAUGCAGUCAAGGCAUCUCUCAGCAAGGGCCUAGAAUUGAGUACGGAAGAGCUGCCCAUCCGCAUCAAUCUGAUAGCACCGCCACUCUAUGUUAUGACCACUGCCACCACUAAGAAGACGGAAGGCCUCAAGGCCUUGGAGGUGGCCAUCGAGAAUAUCCGAGAAAAGAUUCUUGAAUUCGAGGGUGAAUUUAAGGUGAUCAUGGCGCCCAAACUGGUCACAGCCAUUGAUGAGGCCGAUCUUGCACGCCGGCUGGAACGGGCUGAAGCAGAAAAUGCCCAGGUGGCUGGCGAUGAUGACGAGGAGGAUGGAGCUGAUCAGGAGGGCAUGCAAUUUGAUCCUGAAAAGGAAUUCAAUCACAAGAACAAUUCGUCACGUGGCCACAAUGAGGACGAUGAUGACGAGGACGAUGACGACGAUGAGGAAUAGACGCAAAAUAUAAUAUAUACAUCUCGGGUAUAUAUAUCUAAAUUGUACAUGCAUGGUGUAAGUUAAGUGAGUGAGGAACCGCAAACCUUUCUCGAGCAUUUCGCACUUUAUAAACUUUCUUAUCCAAUACAAAAUAAAAGAAAAAACAAACCGGUAAAACAUUGUAGUUGAAACAAUCAUAAGAUAUAUGCAUAGAUAGAAUUACACAUCAAUCAACCCCAACGUCGUCUGUAAGUUCUUUCCUACGAAUUGGUCACAGCCAUUGAUGAGGAACCUUUCUGGUUCUAGUCGUUAUAAACGGAAUUGAUGAAUAAAUCGCCGACUUAAAAACA